AAGCGGGGCGGGGCGGAGCGUGUUUCCGCAAAGGCUCCUGAGGCGGGAGCGUGCGUGCGGGCUCUGCCGUCCUCCUCUUCGCGCACAGCCUGAGAUGUGGUCAUGCCAGGCAGACUUCUCCAGAGCCUGGCCUCUUUACACAGCGUGUCAUCAAAAGCAUGGCAGUGCAGGAGGCUCCCUCGGCUCCCUGGGCUCCCGUUAAAACCACGUUCGGAAUCUGGAAGCGCAGCAUGCCGGAGCACCCUGAAAAUACAGACCCAUUUAGGUUCAUUCUGUCCUAGUGUAAGAGCUGACAGUUGGAAUAAGCCAAAGAUCCUGGGAAUGAGCUGGAUAAUACCAAACGCAAGCGGACCCUCUCCAUUACAUGUUGGCCGUUGUUGGGAUGGAGAAGCACAUCUGCCAGCCAUGUGCCCCUAUGGGACUCCCAGGAAAGUGACUUACAGACCAAAUCUCUUAUGCUCUAAGUGGUUUAUAAAAACAGUAAAAAGGCAUUACUCUGUAUCGACAGACACACUUAUUCCAAAACAAGACCUUCCACAGAUCAAGAGGCCCCUGAAGGCAUCCCGGACCCGUCAGCCAUCCAGGAGCAACCUCCCAGACCUAUCUGUGAAUGAGGACCUGAUGCAGUGCACGGCCUUUGCAACCGCGGAGGAGUAUCACCUGGGAAGUCUGUCGCAAGAGCUGGUCUCCUGCGGAUAUGUGGAGGUGACAAGCCUGCCUCGAGAUGCAGCAAAUAUUUUGGUGAUGGGUGUGGAGAACGCUGCAAAAGAAGGUGAUCCUGGCACAAUAUUCUUGUUCAGAAAACAUGCAGCAAACGUAGCAAACGUCCUCGAGCAGAUAGUGAAGCACGUGAUGCAAGUCCUGGAGAGACACGAAACCCAGCCCUACGAGGUGGCUCUGGUCCACUGGGAGAACGAAGAGCUGAACUACAUGAAAACGGAGGGACAGUCUAAACUGCACAGGGGAGAAAUCAAGUUAAACUCGGAGCUGGACUUAGAUGACUCCAUUCUAGAAAAAUUUGCUUUCUCCAAUGCUCUUUGCCUCUCAGUGAAACUGGCUAUUUGGGAAGCAACACUGGACAAAUUUAUUGAAUCUAUUCAGUCAAUCCCAGAGGCAUUAAAAGCUGGGAAGAAAGUCAAGCUGUCUCAUAAAGAAGUUAUGCAGAAAAUGGGUGAGCUCUUUGCCCUCAGGCACCGUAUAAACCUGAGUUCAGAUUUUUUGAUGACUCCUGACUUCUACUGGGACAGAGCUAACCUGGAGGAGCUUUAUGAUAAGACCUGCCAAUUUCUCAGCAUUACUCGAAGAGUUAAGGUCAUGAAUGAAAAGCUUCAGCACUGCAUGGAGCUAACAGACCUAAUGCGGAAUCACCUGAAUGAGAAGAGGGCACUCCGCCUGGAGUGGAUGAUCGUCAUCCUCAUCACCAUCGAGGUAAUGUUUGAGCUGGGAAGAGUGUUUUUCUGAUCUUGUGACAAUGAGAACAUCACUGGAAGAGAUAAUUCAAGUCCUACAACCAAAAUAAACCAGCAUUCACUA